AUGUCCUCUCAUUCAAAUAGCGAAGAUUAUUAUUCCAAUCCUUAGAUCUUAGCUUCACCUAAAGGGCCAUAAAUAUCAUUAAAAAAUACCAUCGGAAUAAAUUAACCAGAUUCUCAAGUUUGCUCUCUUUAUUCUGAAGGAAAUGAAGCCAUAGAAAAAAACUUAAAGAAAAAUCAGUAAUAGCAAUCCAUUAUUUUAAAUUCUGAUACCUAAUUAGAAGGCCAUAAAACUAAGACUCCAUUAAAUCCACUACAAAAAUUGCAUCAGUUGGCUACUAAAAACAUUCUUGUCAAACAAUUUAAAUAGAGUUUAUUUAUGAAUUCCUACAUAUUAUCGAAGGAUUAUUACGACAAAAUAAUGCAAUUUGAAUAAUUCUUAUCAAAUAAAAAUCUUGAUAAUUUUUAAGAUAAAUCGCAUCAAUCAAUCAUACCCGUGUUUGAAGCUUUUAGCCCUUAGAUGAAAAUCUGGGAUUCCUUGAUGAUUAUACAAUAUCUUCUAUCAUUGUGGUUCCUGCCAUUCAGCAUUAGCUUUUAUCGAUUAAAUUAUAACAUCAUUUAUCUCAAAGAGAUUUUGUCCAUUUUUACGCUAUUUAAUAUAGCUAUAACUCUAAAUCGACAGAUCUUCCAUAAAGGAGAAUAUAUAGCAAGUAGAUAGAAGAUUAUCAGGCAGUAUGUAAAAUCUGGUUUGAUGGGGGAUUUGAUUCAGUUGAUAACGUGGAUAAGCCUCAUAUUUCUAGAAUAAAAAUUAGAAGAUUAAAUCUAUAUAGUGAUACUUGGGAUAUUUUUAGUUUUUUCUUGUAUAAUUUCUCUUCUAAGGAAAACAGAGUAUUAUAUAGAUAGUUAUUAUAAUAAAGGCAAUCUCAGCAACUUUUUAGACUUAUUUAUACUCAUCAUCUAAAUUUACUAUGUUGCUCAUUAUAUGGCAUGUAUUUGGCAUUUCGUUGGGGAUCUAGGUAGUUAUUUAGAAGAAUCUACUUGGUUAACAGAAUAUGGUUUCAUUAAUGAGUCUAUUAGUAUAAAAUAUAAUUAUUCUUUCUAUUGGGCAACUAUGACGAUGGUUACUGUUGGGUAUGGCGAUAUAACUGCUAGAAACAAAUAUGAGAUUUUGACAUCCAAUAUUAUGAUGAUUUUCUCGAGUUGCAUUUUCGCUUAUUCAAUGAAUUCUAUUGGGAUUAUAUUGAAAAGUAUUAAUGAUAGCAAAUUAAACUAUAGGAGAACUAUUACAAGUAUAAAUAGUUAUAUGCAACAAAAUUAGGUAGAUUAAUCUAUCUCUGAAAAGGUUAGAAAUUAUAUCAAAUACCUGCAUUAAAGAGAAUAAGACUCAUUUGAAGAUUCAGAGAAUUCCCUUAAGUACUUGCCUAAAGGAUUGAAAAAUGAAAUGAAAAGAGACAUAGCAUAAAAGUUGAUCUAAAAGAUUAAGAUUCUAUAAUCAAAUUUUUCUCAUUCUACUCUCAAUGCAUUAAUUCACCAUUUAAAAAUUUAAAAUUAUACACCAGGUGAAUAUAUUUAUCAUCAAAAUGAAUAAUAACAUUUUCUUUGUUAUAUUAAUUAUGGAUAAGUAUAAAUUAAUGAAGAAUAGUCAUAAACUUAAAUUCAAAUUUUGAAAUAAAAUUGUACUUUCAAUGAGUAUGCUUUUUUUACAGAGUAGUAAACAAAAACAAAUGCUUAAAGCUUAGGAUUUACAUAAAUUAUUAAAAUUAAUAGAAAAACCUUUUUAAAAAUAUUAAAAGAUUGUUAAAAAGAUCUAGAAUAAUUUUAUAAUAUCAAAGAUACAAUGCUACUAUAUAACGAUUAUUCUCAUUUAUAAAAAAAAUGCUAUUAUUGUGGUUUGAUGAAACAUGAAAGUAUUAAUUGUCCUCUUUUAACUUAUUAACCGAAUAAGCUAAAAUGUAUAAAACGAUAAUUUAUAUCAUCUCAAAAUUAAAAUAGAAAAAGUUUUAAGAGGCAUUAUCGCCAUGUUCCAUCCAGAAUCAAGUUUAUAGAAAUUAAAAAUACAAUAUCAUAUGCUCGAGAUUACUAUUUUUCUGAUUAAAUUUUAAGUGAGAAAAAUAUUGAUAAGAAUUCAGGAAAAUAAAUUAAAGAUGAACUAAUUUCUGAUUCUCCAAAUGAACUAAUAUCUCUUGAAAAAAAUUUCAAGGAGGAUUGCGAUAAUGCUCCAUAAAAGGUUUCCAAAAUUCGAAUAGGAAGCAUAUCAGUUGAAGGAAAUAAUAUGACUGUUAAAAGGGCAAGUAAAUUGCAGAACAUUUAAUUACCUAAUACUGAUUAUAAUAGAUUUGCAAACAAUUAAUUAGAUUAAUUUCUUUACCUAGAAACAGAUCUUAAAAUUGAUUGA